ACGGUCUCGCGAGCGGUUGAGCACGUGUGGUGAACGUUUGUGUUGGACGCGGAAAAAUUCAAAACAUCACUUGUGAGAAGGCGGAUUGGCAUAAACUGGUAUGUGAAUGGUUCGGAUGGAAAUGGAGAUAGGAAAUGAGGAAGACGAGGAUUUUGAAGGGUGGACGCCUGCGGGAAGAGGGAGAGGGAGAGGUCGUGGAAGAAAUAAAACUGAUGAAGGAAGGGGAAAAGGUGACAGUCAAGGUAAUAAACGGGAGUUGGAAGGAAGUAGCUCAGAAGAAGAAAGGGUGGUUAGGAGGAAAGUUGUGAGGGAGGAAUUUAAAGUAAUAUUAAAACUUAAAAAUGAGGAAGAAAAGGAUAAAAUCAGUCCCAUUGUGGUAUCAAGAGAAAUAAAAAAGAAAAUUGGAGAUGUUGAAAUGGUAAAGAUUUUGAGAGACGGAAACCUAUUGGUGAUAUGUAAAGAUAUAGAACAAAAGAAUAAGGCUUUAAAUGUGGAGAGUAUCUGCAAAAGAACUGUUCUGGAGAAAAAAAUCAUGGGAGAAAAUAAAAAAAUUAGAGGAGUGAUUUAUGGGAUCCCUCUUGAUGAAGAUCUUGAUAAAAUCAAGAGAAGUGUUGUGGGUGCAAAGGUGAACAACUUGAAAAGAUUAUCAAAAACAGUGAAUGGAGAAAGAGUAGGAAGCUUGUCAAUCCUUAUUGAAUUUGAAGAUGAAGAGCUGCCAAAAAACAUCAAAAUAGGAUACCUCAAUUUUCAGGUCAGACCAUAUGUACCUCCACCACUUCGGUGUUUCAAAUGCCAAAGAUAUGGACACAUAGCAGCAGUCUGCAAAGGGAGGCAAAGAUGCCCAAAAUGUGGAGAAGAUCACAAAUUAGAAGAGUGUAAAGAAGAACAAGAAAAAUGUUGUAACUGUGGAGGGAACCAUAGAGUCACGUUUGGAGGAUGCGAAGUAAGGAAAAGUGCAAAAGAAAUCGUACAGAUUAAAACAACUAAAAACAUAAGCUAUGCAGAAGCAGUUAAGAAUGUGAAGGAACAGGAAACAAGAGAGAUUAAACAAACAGUGAGACAAACUACACAACAAAGCAAAGUACAGACAGAAGAAAAAGCCACAAUUCCAGUGGAAAAACUAAUAUUAUUCAUAGCUUAUGUUGUCAACUGCACUGACCAAGCCAAACACAAAACUGAGAAGAUUAAAAUAAUAGUGAGAGGAGCUGAAAAGUUUUUGGGAUUUAAAGAGGGAUCAUGGGAGAACAUAAAUAAAAAGUUGGAGGAAGAUGGGAGACCAGGACCUUCGGGUGAAAACGGUUCAUGUUAAUACUACAAUGGAAUGCUAGAAGUUUAAUCGCUAAUGGACAGGAACUUAAAGGUUAUAUUGAGGAGCUGGAAGAACAACCGGAAAUUGUUUGUGUUCAGGAAACAUGGUUAAAAACAACAUUAGAAUUUGUGAUCAAAGGAUAUGAUA